AUGACAUCAAGUUUCGCUAGCAAACUCAAGCUAGACGAAAUGCCAGUCUAUUUGGCGAUUCAAGGCAUUGGAUCGACUCAAAUUGCUUCCACCAGGCUGGUUACCGCCGUAGUUAGUCCAAGAUCGGUAAAUAUUUCAUCGUUUGCCGAAGAAAUGCAGUUCCAUGUGCUGCCGAAGCUCACCGUGUCACUGCCUACGGCAAGCUUCUCUGUUACAACGUGGAAUCUCCCAGAUUCGGCGCUUCUUGCGGAUCCCAGGUUCUACGAGACAGGACCGAUCGAUCUUAUAAUCGGAGCUGAAUAUUACAUGGAACUGCUGAAGGAGGAAAGACGGAAAGCUACGGAUGAUGGUCCGACGGUGCAAGACACCGUAUUUGGAUGGAUUAUUUCCGGUCGUGUUCCUGAAGUUCCUGUUAGUGCAUCGUACUCGGUAGUUCACGUGUGUUCAACGGCGGAGAUACAAGAACAGCUUUCAAGGUUCUGGGAAGUGGAAGCUUGUCAUUCAGCCACUACAUUUUCGGUCGAAGAGUCGACCUGUGAAGAAAUCUUCGACAGAACAACGUUCAGGAACGAAGAAGGAAGGUACGUAGUUACGCUGCCGAAGAAAGAAGGAGUGAUUCAGCAAUUAGGCGAGUCAAGAUCUACAGCAGUCAAGCGCUUCAUAGGGAUGGAGCGGAGGUUUGCAAUCAAUCCGGAGUUGAAGGUGCAAUACGCGGAGUUUAUGAACGAAUAUCUGGCCAUGGGCCACAUGCGAGAGAUUUCCGAGGAAGAAACGAGCCCGUCGUCGUAUUACUUGCCUCAUCAUGCUGUUAUGAAGCCGGACAGCACAACGACAAAGUUGCGAGUCGUUUUCGAUGCGUCAUGCCGGACAUCCAGCGGCAUUUCCCUGAACGAUGCUCUGAUGGUGGGACCUGUCGUUCAGGACAUGAUUGUGGACAUUGCGCUUCGCUUCCGGACACACCGAUUCGCUCUCGUAGGGGACGUCGCCAAAAUGUAUCGCAUGAUACUGCUGAAUCCAGAUGAUCAGCAGCUGCAGAGGAUCGUUUGGAGAGAUAGUGCUGCGGAACCGAUCCGAACAUUCGCUCUCUCUACGGUUACGUAUGGUACGGCAGCAGCUCCAUACUUGGCAACGAAGUGUCUUCAGCGUCUGUCAGAUGAAGGCCUAGAUGCGUAUCCCAGAGCUGCCAAGAUCAUCAGGAAGGACUUCUAUGUAGAUGACAUGCUGUCUGGUGUGGACGAUAUCGAAGAAGGAAAGUUGCUCAUAGGCCAGAUCAUAGUACUGCUGCAAUCUGCGGGAUUCUCCUUACGAAAGUGGAAUUCAAACAGCAAAGAAUUGCUGUCAGUGGUACCGGAGGGAUUGAGAGACGAACGAACGAUCUUGGAUUUGGACUCGUCAUCCGCUGCUGUGAAAACUUUAGGUUUGACCUGGGAGCCCGGCACCAACUGCUUCCGUUUCAGUUCCCCAAGCUGGGAUGAGUCUGCAAUAAUAACGAAGCGAUGUGCUCUAUCAGAUGCCUCUCGACUAUUCGAUCCGAUAGGGCUAGUGGGCCCAGUCAUCGUCCAGGCGAAAAUUUUCCUACAAGAGCUGUGGAAACAAGACUGCUGGUGGGACGAUCCACUGAACUCACAAUUACAAGAGCAGUGGCGUGAGAACUGGCGGAAUUUGGUAGGUCUAGUAGACAUCGCUGUCCCACGGUGGGUGGGAACUAGUUGCAACAACGAAUUGGUAGAGCUCCAUGGCUUCUGCGACGCUUCAAUUAAGGCUUACGGUGCCUGUACCUACAUCCGCACGGUUGAAGCAGACGGAAGCGUUCAAGUACACCUACUGACCUCCAAAUCUCGUGUAGCUCCGCUCGAGAAUUUGAAGAAAAAUAAGAAGUCUCUAUCCAUUCCUCGGCUAGAGCUGUCAUCAGCACUGCUUCUGACACACCUGUACGAGAAAGUCGUCAAAAAUAUUCACGUAGACUCCAAAUGUUAUUUCUGGACCGAUUCUACUAUCGUGGUGUGUUGGCUGUCAUCGUCGCCAUCCAGAUGGAAGCAGUUCGUAGCAAAUCGCGUCUCCGAAAUCCAGCACUUUACGAAAGGGAGUGACUGGAACCAUAUUGCUGGAGAAGAUAACCCUGCGGACAUCAUUUCCCGAGGCAUGUCGCCGACACAACUGCAGUACGAAUCGCGCUGGUUCCAUGGACCGAAUUGGCUGAUACUGGACCGACAAUACUGGCCUGAUUCCAAGCGGAUCGACGAAAGACACAUCGACAAGAUGGAUUUGGAAGAAAAGGUUGUCGUCGCUGUCCUUCCAGCCAUUUCACCAAGCGAGAUAUUCGGCCUUCGUUCAUCGCUAGUAGAUCUAGUACGGUUGACAGUACACAUCUAUCGGUUUAAGUGGAAUGCGUCGCUUGCAAAUCGGUCUAACAAAAAGGUCGGCAACAUCACUUCUCAAGAGUACGACGACGCUCUCAAAGGGCUGGUGAAACAAUCGCAGAGAGAAAGUUUUUCACAGGAGUUAGCAGACAUCGCCAGAGACGGCCAGGUGCAAGAUUGUUCCAGAAUCUCUGGAUUAAAUCCACGACUUGUCGACGGUAUAUUGUGCGUUGGCGGCCGGUUGAAUAAUGCAGCCUUAUCAGAUAGUCGGAAACAUCCGUACAUCCUCGACCACCGACAUCCCUUCACAAGAAUUGUUGUAGAGUACUACCAUCGCAAAUACUUCCACGCCGGUCAACAACAGAUAGUAUCUGCAGUUCGGGAACAGUUCUGGCUAACGAGUGUCAGAAAUCUUGCAAGGCAAGUGGUCCAUGGGUGUGCAAUGCUUCCGUGCGAAGCCUAA